AUGGCUUUGAGCUUUGCUGCUGCUACGGUUGAGAGGAUGGAGGUCGAGGUCAACCCCGCCGCAAAGAAUAUGGUUAUCCAGGAGUAUGGCAGUCUGAGGUUUGGAUCGCGGUGCCGUCAGAGGAAGACGGAACUCGCGGUGUUGUCUAAAAUGGUCAAAGCCAAAGGCCCUUGCACGGUUCAGCUAUGCCAUAGUUGUCUGAAGAACAGAAUAGGUAAUACAUUGACGCCUGAGGCAGUGGCACAGAAAUGUACGAAAUGUCUAGGCAAAUGCAAUUGUAGUAUAUGCUAUAACAAAGCCGGUUUAAUACCCACUGGUAUUCGCAUGCACAAAGCCAAGAAGAAAGGGUAUCAAUCUGUUGCUGAUAUGUUGCGUGUGGAGAAGCUGCAAAAGAAGGAGAAUGGUGACGGCAAGGAUGGUAAAGGGCGAAUGCAUGUGGCUUCAGACAAGAGGGAAGAUGUGAACUCAGAUGCAGCAAAGCCGGGCGAGUUGAUGGGAACUUGUAAUGACAGCAGAGAUGAUGCUGCUGCUGCUGUGAAUGAUGAUGAUGCCAAGGCCAAGGCCAAGGCUGCAAGAGGGCGUUGCAGGGUCAAGGAAUGCCACGUCGAGAGUAGAGAGGUUGAGCUUCCCCUACCUCAGGGCACCCCAUUGACAACUGUAGCGGGUGUCAAAUUAGCUGCUGAGGAUGUGGGAAAUACUCUCCAAUUUUUUAAGUUUUGUGAAACUUUUAGAGAGCUUUUUAAGAUUGAAAAGUCCCAAGCUCAGUCUGUUCUUCGGGAACUAUCACGUGGAGGAAGUGGGCGAAGUGGACGUCCUGGACAGUACUCCUCCGUAGUUCGAUUUCGUAGCUAUAUGCUCUUCUUCAUACAGAAGGGUUUAUUACAGGAGUCUCUAGAGCAGGCAAGCAACAACUGGUCAUGGUUCCAAGAUUUGGCGAAGCUGGUGUCUGCAUCGGGGGUCUCUAAGGUCGACCCUGUGAUGAAGGAGCUGCCUGCAGAGUGUUUUAUUGGAAGCAGGGAGGGAUACAAUGCCUUAAACUUCUCCCAAAAGCUUAGGCUCCUGAAUUUCAUCUGUGAUGAGGCUCUUAACACAAAGACACUGAGGGGAUGGAUUGAGGAGCAAAAUGAAAGAUCUGUCCAAUGUAAAGGGGACAUGAAAGCAAAAGUUGCUCUAGCAAAGGAUAAGGAGAGAGAUAUCCAAGCAAAGUUGCAGGAGCAGAUGGCUAAGAGGGCCACUCCAGACAACGGUGAUGCUGUCCCAAUUUCAGAGUCGGACUCGAUUGCUUCAGUUCUGUAUGAACUCCUACAUGGGAAAGCCGACCAUAAUUACUUUGUGACGGGGAAUGUAAAUUUUAAGAUGAGGAUAAAAUCGUUGACGGUUAGAUCCACUUAUCUAUUGUAUUCUUUUCCAAAAAUUCUCCUGCUUCUCUUUUGCAGUUCCCUCACUCUAGAGAAGGAUCUCGAAGCAAAGUUGCAGGAGGAGAUAGCUAAGAGGACCACUGCAAACAGUGGCGAUGCUGUCCAACUUUCAGAAUCCGACUCCAUUGUUUCGCAAAUCACAAGUGAGGCAGCUCGAGCUCACAUGGAGGUUCUUGAAGCAGAAAUAGCCAUGUUACCGGAAAAGGCUGUUAGAAUACAGCCUUAUGUUGUGGAUGCUGAUGGCUAUGCCUUAUGGAAACUGAAAGGCGAUUUUGGUGAAGAUAUAUUGCUUCAAGAUACGGGAACAUGGGAUGGAGCUCCUUCUGUUGAAAACUGGUUCUUUACGGUGCUGAAAUGA